AUGGCCCUCCCCAUAGUCCAGGUGCUCGUUCUAAAGGACGUGCAGAGGAUCGUCAGUCUCAAUGUACCCAGUCGCGUCGACAUUGUUGGCGCGGAGUCGGUGCGCGCUGCCGCCGCAAUGGCAGCACUGCUGAAGGAUAAGCACAACCGUGGCGUGGAGAAGGAUGUGCUCGAGGAGGACUCCGCCGCUGACGAGGAGGAGGGCGAGAAGGUCGACAACAAGUGUGUUGAAGGAAAGCGGGAGAAGGAUUCCGACGUCGCGGACUCCGACGCCGACGCCGAGCACGACUCCGCCACUGACGACGAGGAGUACAACCCCACCAUCGACAACGAGGAGGAGGGCGAGAAGGCCGACAACGAGCGGGAGAAGGAUUCCGACGCCGCGGACUCCGACGCCGACGCCGAUCACGACUCCGCCACUGACGACAAGGAGGUCGGCCCCACCAUCGACGACGAGGAGGAGGGCGAGAAGGCCGACAACGUGGGGGAGAAGGAUUUCGACGGCUCGACGAGCGCACCAAGAGGAGCAAGGGCAGAAACGAAAGGCGGUCGAGGUGGUCGUGAAGCGCGCCAAGCAGAGGAAGACCGGCAUGGCCGGAGGCGAGGCCUCCACGCCGCGCAAGACAAGAAGCAAGGCAAGUGGGUCGCUACCCGCCUCAACAACCUGAUCGAGUACGUCAAUUAUUUGCAUGAGGUGUGCCCUGUGAAGAUGUAA